CGGGCACAGGCCUGGCCUGCACAACGAAACAAGGCGGGAACCUCCUACCAUUCGGGGAAGUCUUCUGUGCAUGCUCAGGUGCUUGAGUUACAAAGGAAAAUCCAACUGUUAGGUAAGAUGGCACAGAAGAGUCACGGAUCGAGAGUGUCCACCCAGCCUUCUGAGUAGGCACCAAGUGAGAGGUGUUUUACCAGCGCGAACCUAGUGUCUGAGGACCGAGUGAAGUACUCUCAGAAACCAGGAGACAGCAGUGGAUCUCUUGGAGCUGUGCUUACAGGUGUUAAAAGCUGACCAGUGUGGGAGCUGGAGACUGACCUUAGGCCCUCUGCAGGACCAGCAAAUGCUCUUAACCACUGAGCCGUCUCUCCGGUGAAAUUUUAUUUUAUUUUAUUGGUUUUUGGUUAUUUUGAAACCGGGUUUCUCUAUGUAUCCCUGGCUGUCCUGAAACUUGCUCUGUAGACCAGGCUGGCCUUGAACUUAGAGAGCUGCCUACCUCUGACUUGGAUGUUUGGAAUUUAAGAGGGUGACCGGAAGGCCUUUUAUGAGAGCUCCCAAUGGAACAUGAAGAAGAACCAAGACACCAUCAACCAGCUCCAAGAGGAGACCAAGGCUCUCCGCAUGCAGCUAAAAGACAUGCUUCAGGGAGAUUCUAAAGUGGUCCAGGCAAUCAUUCAGGAAUGGAAGUCAGAGAAGCCGUACCUGAAGAACAGGACUUGUGAGCAGGCCCUGGAGCACCUGGAGCACCAGCUGAGGGAGAAGAUGAACCAGCUGAAUGCCUUGCGACACCAGGUGACACUGAGGCAGAAGCAGCUCGAGGAGCUGAGGCUGCAGCACAGCCUGCGCCAGCUGGAGAUGGCAGAGGCACAGGACAGCAACACAGAGGCGGCCAAGACCAUGCGCAAUCUGGAGAACCGGCUGGAGAAGGCCCGGAUGAAGGCAGAGGAAGCGGAGCACAUUACCAACGUGUACCUGCAGCUCAAGACUUACCUCCAGGAGGAAAGUCUCAACUUGGAGAACCGGCUGGACUCCAUGGAGGCCGAGGUGGUGAAGACCAAACAUGAGGUGGUGGAGCUGAAGGUGGUGAAUCAGGAGGCCCUGAACGCUCGGGACCUCGCCAAGAACCAGCUGCAGUAUCUGGAGGAGACUGCGAUCCGAGACCGCAAGAAGCGCGAACACUACAUAACCGACUGCAAGAAGCGGGUGGAAGAGAAGAAACUUCAGACUGAGCGCAUGGAGCGCAAGCAGACGCAGCGAGAGCACAUACUGCUGCAGUCAGAAGAUACAAUCCAGGACUACCAGCGCCACAAGGAGGAGGAGCUGAAGCAGCGCUGGGGCAUGUACCAGAUGGAAGUGAUGUUUGGCAAGAUCAAGGAUGCCACUGGAGUGGCUGAAUCACACGCGGUGGUGCGAAGGUUCCUGGCCCAGGACGAGACCUUUACGCAGUUGGAGAAUCUCAAGAGGGACAACGAGCAGACGUUGGUGAGGUUGAAGGAGGAGAAGGAGCGGCUCCAGAGCGAGCUGGAGAACCUCAAGUACUCAGGGGACGCCACACUGGUUAGCCAGCAGAAGCACCGAGACCAGAUGCAGGAGACACUCAAGACGGAGGAGCAGCGGCGCAACAACACCCAGGAGCAACUGGAUCGCACCUUGCGAACCCUCGAGUUGGCCAAGGACUGCUUGGAGCAUCUGACCAACAAACUGAGCCACGUGACAAUGGAUGAUAGCCUUUUGGCAGGAAAGAAGUUAGACCCGGAUGCAGAGGACUAUGUGUCCAAUCUGCUGGUCGUUUUCGAGGAAAAGAUGCUGAAACUGCAGGGGCAGCUAGAGACCCACGACGUGCCAGAGAUGCUGCGACACAUCACAGAACGCGAGUUCCUGAGCAUGUUAGAAGGAAGACUGCCCCUCUACAACACCCGCAUCGUCCUGCCGGUCUCCACCCCCAAGGACAAGUUCUUUGACGAAGAGGAGAGUGAGGAGGACGACCGUGAUGUGGUGACCCGCACUGCCUUCAAGCUUCGUUCCCAGAAGUUAAUUGAAGCCCGCAGCAAGAAGCGCAGUAGGUCGCGCAGGUCCUAGACUCGCAGUCACGUCCCAUCGGACGCCUCCAGGCCUCCAGGGAGCCCUCCGACCCUCUGGGCCCACUUACCGGUGUGGGGGGAGCCCGUGAGGCUCCUUCAAGGGCUGAAGGAGGCUGGAGCAGGGAGCACCGCUGGCCAGCAGCGCCCGGAGGAGAGGAAAGGCCAAGCCAUAAGUUCCCACAGUAAAUCUCUCAAGUCGGGUUAGAGCCCGCCUCAGAAUCGCGCAAUAAAGGUUACUGACCAAC